AUAUAUUGGCUGAUACUUAAUGGUGGUUGGAACUUUCACGUGAACCAUUAAGAAGCAGCGCUGAAAUGAAUGCUGAUGGUGACGAAGGAGGCAGGCGCGUACUGAAUUUAAAUUUUGAAGUAUUCAAAAUAGGGUGGGGGCGGGAGCCACUCUGGCCUAGAACACAGUAACUUUCGGAAGCAUAUGUAUAUUGCGCAGGCUGUCAGUUGAGCUCACAUUCAAUUUCAUCCAUGGCUGUCCUUGGAGAACUGUUGAGGUAAUUAAACUCCUUCCUUGCUUCUCCUUUCCUUUCUUUCACUCUCUAUUCUUGUUUUUCUGAAUUUCCGUAGUAUUCAUGCUGAUUGUGGAAAGCCACAAUUUUCCAUCUCUAUUCAAUUCCAUCUACUUUUCAGAAAAAAUUUUCCAUCUAACUUUCACUUUCUUGGGGGGAAAAAAAGGAUGUGCGGUGAGCGUGGAUCGAACACGCGACCUUCAGAUCUUCAGUCUGACGCUCUCCCAACUGAGCUAUCCCCGCUUUGAUGUUCAAGUUGCGUGAAUUUUGAGGGUUUUAGGUAGAUAGAAGGCAGUGCGAGUUUGCAAACGAAUUUUGGUUUUCUGGGACGAUUGAUUUUAGAUACCAUCAGGCGAAUUUGGUUUAACUGAGGCUGGAUUUGAUAAUGGUGACCUGCGGUGCUCUUCUGCUGCACUUGUUAGGUUUCUGGGUACUUUCUUGUAUUAAACUUGUGAUCGGUUGUUAUUCUUUUACUCGAAUCUCUCUCUAAGAGAAAGAACGAAGAUGCUUUGAAAAUCUGUUCAAACAUCUGCAACUAUUCCUCAUCCUUUCUACAUUUUUUUGUAAUACGUAUUUAGUAUUAAUGAUAUUACU